CCCCGAGACGAACCCGAACGAACAUCUCUCCGGGUGCAAUUCCAGAUGGGAAAGUGUACGUACCUCGGAGAGGGUGCCGAAUUUCACACUAUUUAGGCGCGUCUUUUGCAGCGUGAGCACAGAAACACAUCCCGUAAUUUUGUUUUCCCUCUUUUUUUCCACCUUUUCCGCUUAAUUUCCGAGAGAUUUUCGGUACUAUUUUUACUGGGGGCCACCAACGAGCACUAAGAGACCGUCGACGUACCACCGACCCACAUGCAAAUUGGCUUGCGCAGCGUUGAUGCUACGUUAGCGGUGAGUGCAGCAUCGUCUCUCUUCAGAGAUUUGAGCGUCCCGGGUCAGAGUUCGUCUCUCACGAUUCCAGGGGCUGCGGUGUACCAGGGCUGCGGGGGGUCUGCAGACGACGUCAUGCCUCACAAAGAUUCCAGACGCAGUGUUUACAGUCCCAUACCUCUCAUCGCCGUUCAAGAUCCAGGCCACAGCGGUAUCAACCAGCUGGGCGGCGUGUACGUAAACGGGCGUCCGCUGCCGGACUCCACGCGCCAGAAGAUCGUGGAGCUGGCCCACAGCGGGGCACGCCCCUGCGACAUCUCCCGCAUCCUACAGGUCUCCAACGGCUGCGUCUCCAAGAUCCUGGGCCGAUACUACGAGACCGGUUCGAUCCGUCCGCGAGCGAUCGGUGGCAGUAAACCCCGAGUGGCCACCCCUGACGUGGUGGCCAAAAUCGCCCACUUCAAAAGGGAGUGCCCCUCCAUAUUCGCCUGGGAAAUCAGGGACAGACUACUAUCAGAGGGUGCCUGUACGAACGACAGUGUUCCCAGUGUAAGUCCCUUGCAUGUGAUUCUUAUUACUUAA